CUAACCUUGAGUUCUUUAACAGGUAGAAAAUAAUGGCUUUUUCCUUGCUAUUAUAUCGAUAUAUUGUUUUUCGAUGUUCUAAACCUAAAUGAAACCUGCCGUCCUAUACUAGGAAACUUACCUCUUAAAUCUCAUGGUUCAUUUUCAGAAUUCAAUUUUGAAAUGCCACAUCACUCCCAUCUAAGCUAAAAGCUUUAAAAAUAGAGGUGUCAAAUCAAAUGACAAUACGUUGAAGCAAGAUCAAAAAUUUUGGCACUGUAGUUUUGGCAGUAUUUAAAGGUUGUUGAGUUCCUCUUUGAAGUUAUUACAAGCAUAAUCCAUGCUUCUCAUUGUCAGAUAAAUACUUACCCUAUUUCUUUAAUACUUAUAGACAACCAAUUAGUUUUAUACAUAAAGUCUAAUUUCCAAUUAAUUUUCUUUAUCUUGAAUGUGAUCAUUCCAAGUUGCUCCUAACUACUUUAGAGUGAAUUGUUAAUUCUAUUGAUUCAAAUCUUUCCUAACCAUUGCUUCUUAUUAUUUGGUUUAUUUGGUUGUGUUCCAUUUUUAUUAUGAUGUUGUCCCUUGAUGUUUAUUUUUAACAGAGACAUUUCUGUGUGUAACCUCUCUGUACUUGUUUAUGUCUUAUCUUAUCAUUGUAUAUAUACUUUCUUCACAUUUGGUCCCCUUUAUAAUUAUUUCAGUUGGAACCUAGUAUCAAAUUUGUUUUAUUUUUUAGUAUCAAGUUUUUUUUUAGUGUUAUCAUUCAAUUUGGAUUGAAUUGAGUUCAGUUACCUUAAUGAUUUCAUUAAUUUAGUUUUUAUUUAAUCCAAAAUUUUAAAUAUACAAAAUAUUCAGAUAUGGAUCAAUAUUUAGAUAAGAAAGAAGGUGAUAAAAACUUUCCUCCUUCAUAUAUAGUUAUAAAAUUCAAUCGUAAAAUUAAACAUGAAACUGCUAAAUGGCUUGUUGAAAAAAUUACAAAAGAAAAAAAGAAGGGAGGUGCAGAAUUACUUGUUAGAUGCCAUCCAUCAGGCAAUGAUUCGAAUUUGAUAAUACAUGUAUCAGCUCAUAACAAAGCACUUCUCGGGCUUGCUGAAGACCUUGAAGUUAGGAAGCGUGACAAGCAUGGGAAUUUGAGGGAGUUUACCAUGGAUGAAUUGAGUGAAUUUACUGAUGUUGAUGGAAUGGAUGAGUUCCUCACAACUUCGGAAAAACAAACCAUUGUCAGGCAUGAAAUAGAAAAUAUUCGAGCUCUUUCAAAUGAGAGUAACAUUAUGGGCUAUCCACACUAUUCUCUUUAUGAAGGACAGUCCAUUAUGAUGGCAUGUCUUUAUUAUGGGAUCAUAAAGAAAAUGUAUCCACUACAUGAUGAAGAAGCUGUAAGGAAACUUGGUGCCCGCUGGUACAAAAGGUUAUUUGAACAACAGCCUUAUGAUGAAAUUCGAGUAUAUUUUGGAGAAUCAGUAGCAUUAUAUUUUCAAUUUAUUGGCUUUUAUACAAUAUCUCUUAUUGGACCAACCUUACUUGGAUUUUUACAAAUGGUGGUUGAUCCUGGUGCAGUGGCAGUAUUUAGUAUUCUGAAUGUUGUUUGUGCGACACUCUUUCUGGAGUUUUGGCGCCGUAAAUGUUCUGAACUAGCUUAUCUUUGGGGUACCAUAUCGAUGACUAGCUUUGAUGAACCUCGUCCAAAUUUUCGAGGUACUAUGGGUGUAGAUGCUGUAACUGGGAAGUUAUUGCCACAAGCUCCAAGAUUCAAAACGCAUAUUAAGAUGUAUUGUGUGUCAUUGCCGCUUGUUUUUGUUUGUAUGAUUGGAGCAUUCAUCAUAAUGUUGCUGUCUUUUUGGGUGGAAGACCAGUUGAGAACUAUUCCCAACACCCCCAUGUGGAUAAUUUAUGCACCAAGUGUUAUUUAUGCUGGUCUUAUCUAUGCCAUGAAUAUGGUUUACAGGCGAUUUGCCAAUUUUCUUACUGAAUGGGAAAAUCAUAGGACUCAAUCACAAUUUGAUAGACAUCGUGUCACAAAAUUGGUAUUAUUUGAGUUUGUCAAUAAUUUUAUGUCACUUUUCUACAUUGCCUUCAUCAUUCAAGAUAUGGACCUCUUAAGAUAUCAACUUGCUACUUUACUGAUUGUCCUGCAAGCUAUAAAUAACAUUCAAGAGGCAAUUUUACCAUUUGUUUUAAGGUGUUAUUCAAAUAAGUUCGCAAGUUUGAGAAGUAAGAGUUCAUCGUCAAGUCUAGAUAGUAAGAAAACUGAUAUUAAAAAAUUGAUUGAAGCCAUAGGAGUUAAAGAAUUGGAUCCAGAAGAUUCUAGGAUAAAGCAAGCUAUAACCGAAGGAAUGAUGGAGCAGUAUGACGAUCCAUAUGAUGAUUACCUGGAAAUGUUUGUUCAGUUUGGAUAUGUCUAUUUGUUUUCUGCUGUCUAUCCCAUGGCUGCGUUUUGGGCUGUUUUUAACAAUGUUAUAGAAAUAAGAUGUGACGCAUUCAAGCUCUGCCGUGUUUAUCAGAGACCUAUUGCAAGAAAGGUUAAGGAUACUGGAGCUUGGCAGAGAGCUUUCCAGGCUCUUAGCACGUUAAGCGUUGUAACAAACUGUGCUCUUCUCUCAUUGAAUCCUGCCUUGAAAUCACAAGGUCAUGAUCUGAAGCCAGAAACAUGGUUCCUUAUUUUUGUUGGCCUUGAGCAUCUUCUCCUUGGAUGCAGGCAGAUUAUACAUUAUGCUAUUCCUGACAAGCCUGAGUGGGUUAGGCUUGCUCUGGCCAGAGGCAACUAUAAAGCCAAACAGGCUUUAAAACUUCAGUCAUCAUUCAAGUCUUUAAAUGGCAACUAUUCCCCUCAAAAAAAGUGGAAAAGUUCUUUUGAGAGGGUUACGAAGGUACUUAGGCAGUCUCCAGUUUUCAAAGAAUAAUACAAACCCAAGCUCACAGACCAUUGUGAAGUUAGAACUGACUUUUCUCACAUUUCAGAAGAUAAUGAUAUUUAUGAUUAACUAUAUUUGUACUUACUAUAUUUGUACUUAAAUAUGGACCAUUCUAGUCCUCUCAACCUUGUUGAGUAAGUUCAACGGGCUUCCUAAGAUAAAGUGAUAUUCUCAUGUUAAUUUUUCAUUUAAUUAUUUUAUUAAAUUUGAUUACAAGUCCUGUAGAAUACUACUGCAAAGGAUCCAAAUUAAAGUAUUUUAAAAAUAGCAAAGUAAUGAAAUGUUAUCAUAUACUAUUUUAUUGUAAAGUUUUUACUUGCAGAUGCUUUAAGGUUAAAGCAAAGCAAUGAAAUGUUAUCACAUACUAUUUUAUUAUAAAGUUUUUACUUGCAGAUGUUUUAAGGUUACUUAAAUAUAAUUUUCAAUUAUUGUUUUGCUAUCUGGCAGAUAAUAUGUGUAUGUAUAUGAAUACAUUAUGCAUGCUAGAAUUAUGUAAACAUUCUUUUUUUAUCUUUGUUUAAUAAAAGUAGAUCUGUAAUUAGUGAUUUAUUUUUAAUUCCAGAUUUUUAUAUUUAUUCUGGAUACUUUUGCUGUGUAACUUUAUAGGCUUGGGCACUAAAUCGUUUACUGCUAAUAGAGAAUAAUAAUAUUUUACUACUUAUUAUUUGUUAUUUGUAAUUUUUUUUUAUUCCAAGAUGAAUGUAUAAUAUAUUUACAAGUUUGGAGUAGAUCGUCUGUCUCAAUGUGAAUCUCAUUAUAGUUCUCAAUAUUUAAAAAAAAUUAAAUAUGAUAAAAAUUUGAUUUUUUUUGUUUCUUUGAAAAGUUUAAAUUUGGCAGUUAUUUGAUUUCACAAAAUAUGUAAUAUAUUUUAAACUUUUAGCUUAUGAAAUUUUAAUUAAGGCAUCAUUUUAACAUUAAAGGUUCAUAAAAUUAAUCUUUUAAAUGAUGAAUGAUGAAGAUCAUGAAUAAUUAUUAAAAAAAAAAUAUAUUGUUAAAUUUAUUCUAUUUAAGUAAUAGUAAUGCCCAAGCCUGGUGUGUUAUUAAUGGAUAAUGUCUUAACUGGAUCUUUUGAUCGCCUCAUAUGUUACAUAUGUGUUAUUAGAUUCUAGUUCAUGGUAUACGAUUUGAUUUAAUUUUUAACAUAAAUAUUAAGAUCUAUCUCAUUCAUAAGAUCUGUAAUCACAUUUUGUGCCUUAUUGUUAAAAAAUUUGUUUUUUUAAGGUUGGCUAAGAUGUUUUAUUUAUUAAAAUAUAAGCAUUAUUUAUUGUA